AUGUCAUACUAUCAAUCGCCGUUCGGUCAGAAUACUGCGGGAGGCCCGGGCCCAUCGUCAGUGCCGGUCCAAUCCUCACCUUUCCCAGGAGGGGCCCCUCAGAUGGCGCCCCCGCCUCAGGCUGGACAACAGGCUAGUGGUCCUUACGGUGCGCCACCACAAAUGCCUGGUGGUCAGCAUCCCAUGGCGCCCCCUAUGGGCCAGCCCAGCGUGGGACCACCUCCCCUACCUGGGCAGCACAUGCCAGGCCCUCCGCCAUCCUAUGCGUCUACUCCCACCAACGCUGCUCCAGGACAGGCUUUCGAGUACGUGGCACCCGGACCUGCACUCAACCAAUCAGCAGCGAUGGCCCAUGGGGGCAUGGUCUCUCAUGGGGGAAUGGCACCUGGAGGGGGUCAGGUUUUGGAGACUGCCGAGUGUGACCCAGCCCUUAAUGCGCGGCCCGAGUUCCUCAGAAGCAGCUUCAGUGUAAUGCCUGCUAGCGAAUCUACUCAAGUGAAGGCCAAGCUGCCUAUAGGUUUUUUCUGCCAGCCUUUGGCCCCCACCGACAGCCAGGUUCCCGUCGCUGAUGUGAUUCAUCGAUGCGCCCGGUGUCGGACGUAUCUCAAUCCGUUCGCUGCCCUCAACUUGCAGUUGCGGAGGUGGAUCUGUAACCUCUGUGGCCACUCCAAUGGGAUUGACGUUUACGAGCCCCCACCGGAGAUGACCUGUGGCACAGUAGAUUUCAUCGCCACUCAGGACUAUAUGGUUCGACCCCCGGUACCUCCAGUUUAUGUCUUCUGUUUCGAGAAGAGUUACACAGCAGUGUCCACGGGGUUGGUCCGUGUGGCAGCUACUGCUAUAAAGGACACUCUCCCGAGUCUACCUGAGCGGUCACAGAUCGCCCUCAUGACAUUUGAUGACAAGAGUGUGAGCAUCUUCGAUUUGCAGGUGAGGCCACCCCCCAAUGUAGAGCACGUGUUAUUCCCAUGGCACCUUCUUCAGAGUGCGAAUGGUACGGAAUAUGUGAUUACUGAUGUGGACGAUCCCUUCCUACCUAAGCCCAUGGAUAGCCUUCUAGUGAACGUCUAUGAUGAUGCUGUUAAUGCCACUAUUAAUAACGUCCUCGACAGCCUCGCCGAGAUGAACCCUCCAUCAGUGGCCACUGACUGCUGCUGUGUCACAGCUGCAGUGAAAAUGGCCAACUUGGUCAUGCGUCAUCUCGGUGGCAAGCUGAGUAUCUUCUCGUGCACUAAGCCCAUUGAGCUCACACCUAGCAAGUUGAAGAAGGAAGAAAGGGCUCCUGAUGCCUCGAGCAUGAUACCACCAUCGUCGUCGGUCUUCAAGGAUAUGACAUCGGAUCUCAUCGCGGUUCAGAUCACAGUGGAGCUGUUCGUCGCAACAGACAAUUUGCAUAUGGAUUUGGCCUCACUAGCGCCUCUUGCUAAGUACACAGGGGGUGACAUGCGGUAUUAUCCCUUAUUCCGAGAGGCCUUCCGGGGCGAGCACUUGCGGCAGGAUAUACAGCACAUGCUCACUCGCGAGACGGGCUUCGAGGCGGUGAUGAAGUUUAGAGUGUCCCCUGGGUACCAACUUAAGAGCUACCAUGGGCAUCUCUUCCAACGGACUCGGGACCUUCUGGUGGCACCCAACUGUACAGAGGAUGAGACCUUUGGGUGUAUCGUUGAGGUCAACAAGGAUUUCUCGGGCCCACAAGCUCGUUCGGUGUGUAUACAGGCGGCGUUGUUGUACACGUCCUCGGCUGGCGAGCGCCGUAUACGUGUGAACACUUCGCAGUACCCCAAGUCGUUGGAUGUUGAGCAAGUGAUGGCUUCAUGUGAUGCCCAGGCGGCUGCUAUCAUCAUGGGCAAAUAUGCUAUCAAUGAGUCGAGGAACGUCAGCGAUGCCCGAAAGUACCUCUUGGACACGACCCAGGCAGCCCUGGCAGGUCCUAAUGCGCGUCUGGAGAACUUGGAGGCACUCCCAGGGUUGGUUCUUGGGCUGCUGAAGAGCGAUGUGUUUAGUGCUGCUGGGGACAUUACUCGGGAUGCACGAGCGUAUGAGGCCCACAGGUUUGAGUCCCUUCCUAUCACUUUGGGAGACGCUUUGGCGGCUCCUAGGAU